UUAAUUUAGAACUCCCUCAAAAUCUCUGCACCUUUUUUUGCCACUUUAUACCCAACUCUAGUGAGAAAAGAAGGCGAUUUUCCGGCCGACUUGCUUCAUAACAUAUGACCAAAAUGUACUAUAUAAACCCACCAAUCUGCUCAAACCCCCCAUCACCUCAAUCUCAUUAGUCACAAAUUCCACCUUAAUUACAUUUCUCUAAUCUCCCUCCCCUAUUCAGGAAUUCAAACAUGGGUUUCAGUUUCUCUUCACAAGGCGUUGUUUUGAUUGUCCUAGCUGUCUCUUUGUUGGCGGUUUGCCAAGCCAAAACUGUCGUCGUAGGAGGCUCUCAAGGUUGGCGUUUCGGCUUCAACUACACUGACUGGACUCUCAAAAAUGGCCCAUAUUACAUCAAGGACACGCUAGUUUUCAAGUACAGUGCACCAAGCAACGCCGGCGCUCAUGACGUGUACUUGCUGCCGGACCUGUGGAGCUACAUAACAUGUGAUUUCCGUAGGGCAAAGCUGGUGGCAAAAGCUACGCAGGGAGGCGGCCAGGGGUUUAAGUUUGUGCUGAACCAGUGGCGGCCACACUACUUUGCUUGCGGUCAGGGAGCCAACAGGUCUCACUGCAAACAGGGGAUGAUGAAGUUCUUCGCCGUGCCAUGGCCACACUGGCAGCUAUAGUCGAUGCCAGGGACGAGCUAGGCCUCGGGCCAGGGAAGAAGCAGUGCUUUAAUUUUGCUGUUUUUGUGUGAUUUGAUAUAUGUAUUCAAUAAAAACGGAGUCAGGACCAUGAGUAUUUUGUUCAAAUAAAUGUUUCCAACGAUAUGAACUUCGUACGGACAUAAGUAUUAUAAUCUC